UGAAAAAAUUUAUUUAUUGUUGAGUAACGUUGAGCACCACUCUUAGCUACCCAAUCAUUCAAAACGACGUAACUCAGUAUUGUGGUUGGUGCUUCAGUCUGAGUUGAUAUCUUGUCGAAGGUGGAACAAUAUAAAAUUCACAAUUAUCAUUACGACAUAUUUUUGUUAGAAAUGAUACAAUAAACAUACGAUAUUAUUUUUUUUUUUAAUUUUAUAAACUUUUUGUGACAGUGUACCGUUUUUAUUGAAAUUUUUCAUAAAUUUUUAAUUGUAUGAAAAUGGUAACGCAUAGCAUGGAAAAAAUUUUGAAAAUGCAGUAUUACACCUCAACUAAUCAAGUGUCUCCGUUGAACCGAAAAAAACGUUGUUUAAGUAAAGAGCAAGACCCCAUGUCGCAUAGGAUUAUUGAGAAGCGAAGAAGAGAUCGUAUGAAUAAUUGUUUAGCUGAUCUUAGUCGACUUAUACCUACUGAGUACUUGAAGAAAGGCCGAGGGCGAGUUGAAAAAACUGAAAUUAUUGAAAUGGCUAUUCGGCACAUGAAAUAUCUUCAGGGCGCUCAUCAAGAUACGAAACAUCCUUCAGUAACAAACAUUCAUAAUCACCAGGAAGAUAGUGUUGACAGUGUUUCACAUUCAGCAUCUGGAUCAAUAGCCACUGAACAUUACAGAAUGGGCUUUCAAGAAUGUCUCAGCGAAGCUGUACAUUUCCUUGUUGAAGGAGAAGGCUUUUUUGCAAGAGAUUCUUUAUGUGUACAAUUAAUCAACCAUUUGCAACAGCAUUGUGAAAAGAUUGUUGCUAGAAGUGAUAGACUGGGAUUUCCUCACCCAGAAAUGCCAACAUUAAACGAUACUGGAGCUUCUAGUUUUGUUGACGCAAGUAUUCCAACACUUUGUCCACAGACGAAUCAUUCAGAUCGUGGUUCGAGCUCCGGAAUCAGCUCACUUAGUGAUUCUGAACGUCCUCAACAGAUAAUUCCUCCACCUACAAUGGCUAGCGACGAUAGCAAUCACAGCAGUCAUUCAAACAACGCAUCCUCAUCAGUUCCCAGGCCGUCAAAUUACAAAUUCAAAAGUUCAAUUAAACAAAGAUUCUCCGCGGAAAGGAUAAAAUCAUCGCCAUUAGCCCCUUCAGAAAAGUCACAUGGCGUACCAAUUUUCGCUUUACAUGAAGGGGGUGCUUUUUAUAUUCCGCUAACAAUAGAUUCCGGUUUUAUUAGACCUCAAAUGUCUUAUAUAACCGAUACUGGACCUGACAUCGUGCUUCAUCCUGUAACGAUCUCUGUUAACUUCAACCAAGCAUCCAAUCCAACGUGGUCACCUCAAUACAGUCCAAGACAUCAAGAUCAUUUGUAAUAAUUACAAUAAAAAUAACUAAUAACUUUACAGAAUACUCUAAAAUAACUUCCAAUGUCACGUGAUAGCAGAUAUAUUUUUUUAAAUGAUUGCGCAAUUAUACAUUAAUAAAUCAUCAAACCUUAUUUUAUAUACAUAAGAAGCAUUUAUCUAUUUUGUAAUAAAUAACGUAUUGAUUAUAUAUUAUAUAAUAUUAUACAUUACAUUAUUAUAUGUUAGAUUCGGUUUAAUGUUAAUGCCGUAUUAUUUUUAAAUUGUCAAUGUUUAUCGAUCGACCCUUCGAGUAUUUGCCGUUUAUCCUUUAUUACUUAGCUUACUUUUAAGAUGAGGUAUUUUAAUAUCAGUUAUUAAUUAGUUAAUUUCAC